AUGACUACGCCAUUGCCGCUUUCCCCGGUUUCUAGAAUGAAUAGUUCGGCUGCAUUCGCAUUCACCGAUGUAACAACCGACGAAGUCAAACGACGAAAAAAGCAUGAUAAGCAUCAUCGUUUCUUGUUUGCUAUGGCAGCAAUUGCAGUUCUAUUUAGUAUAGUUGCGGUCAUUCUUGUACCAAUUCUAGUGACGACAUUAACUCGUCCAUAUGGUCCCCGAUGUCAUUUCUUACAUGAUGAAUAUCCUGAAAAUUCACCAUGUAGUUCACUUACAUCUUCGAUUUCUCCAUCAUCCUCAAUUGGUAGUGAUAUUCGUUCUUCAGUAUCAUCAUCUCGUUCAAUUUCACCAAUGGAUUCACCCAUCUUGAAUUCGGAUGAUUAUCUCUUUCUUCCAUCGUUUUUACUAAACAAAUAA